CCUCUUGACCAGUACUUUCCCAACUAGAUCCCCAAGAAACGUUCUAAUUAUCUAGCUGUACCCGCGAAACAAUAUCAAAAUGUCUCUCGCAACCCUCGACGUCUCCCAACACCCUUACCUCCCCUCCGCCUCGGAGACCCUUUUCAAGGCCAAGGCAUCGAAAAAGCUGAGUUUCGAGCAAAUCGCGGAGCACAUUGGUCGCAAUGAAGUCGCUGCCGCCGCCCUUUUCUACGGCCAAGCGAAGGCAUCUCCCGAGGACAUCGACAAGCUGUCAUCUCUUCUGGAAAUCCCCCGGGACCUCCUCGAAGAGCAGCUCAGUGGCUUCCCGGACCGUGGUCGCACAGUCGAGAUGCCUCCCAAGGAACCGUUGAUCUACCGAUUGUAUGAGAUUGUGCAGAACUACGGCUAUGCGUACAAGGCGGUUCUCAACGAGAAGUUCGGUGACGGAAUCAUGAGCGCUAUCUCAUUCUCGACCAAGGUUGAGAAGGAGACCGAUGAGGCGGGAAACAAUUGGGCGGUCAUCACGCUGAGAGGGAAAUGGUUGCCCUUCUCGCGUUUCUGAGCGUACUUUUUUUCUUGUUGUGAACUAGUGGGGCUGGGGCUGUAGUGCAUAUAAGCAAUAUCUGAAUGAAUCAACAUC